AUUUGCCAGUAUAAAGGUUAAUCCACAAAAAUCUACACUAGUAACAAACUUAAUAGCUCUGGAUAAAACUAUAAUUUUUGAUAAUGAACAAUUAACAGUAAUUACAAAUGGAACACUAAUUAAAUACCUAGAAGCCUGGUUCUCAACAAAUAGAAAGCCAACAUUAGUACAAAAAGAAAUUAUGGCUGAAGCAGUAAUUAAUCUAAAGAAGCUACAAUUCACUCAUAUAACAGAAAAACAAGCAAUCUAUAUAAUCAAUAGUGUUAUCACUCCUCACCUUCUAUACUAA